UCUCAUGCAACCACUUCCCCAACGCAAUCCCAACGCUCGAAUUCACACAAAACUACCCAUCCUCACGCGGCUCUUCACGCAUAUUUAGCAAGAAGCGAACCAUAAGACAUGCAACGUUCCUCUUCAAUCACAGAAACCACUUCCUCAUGAAGCACGCCAUUGCCAUGCAUCCCCAUUAAUUCCUCCGAUGCUAUAAAACCCAUAGUAGCCAAUAGCUCGAUCAGAUCAACAAGCAAAUUUGCAGAAAGAAGCGUAGUAUACUAGGAUGGCAACAAUGGCGGCUUCGGUUACAGCUUUCUGUGUCGCGCUGCUGCUGCUGGUUUCCAUCCCCGGCGCCCACCCGGCGCCGGUGCCACAGACGACCGGGCCGUCGACGUCCAGCUGCACCACAGAGCUCUUCCGCCUCCUCCCCUGCCUCUCCUUCCUCGACGGCGCCUCCGCCGCGCCGGCCGACACGUGCUGCGCCAACCUGGGGAGCAUGGUGCACGACGAGCCGCUCUGCCUCUGCCAGGCACUCAACCAGUCCGGCCCCGAGAGGCCUCCCGUCAACGUGAACAUGUCCCGCGUCGUGGAGCUGCCUCUCCUCUGCCGCCUCGACCUCCCGACCACCGCCGCCGCCUGUGCAGGGCUUCUUCCAACGGGACCAGCAUCGACGCCGCCGGUGAGCAUGCCACACCCGAGCGCAAACUCCACUGUUCCAUCGACGCCGAGGCCGGUGCCACCGACGCCACCACUGACGACUGUCUCACCGAGUACUACCAACCUGGCAUCGGGAUACAGCAGCGGAUCCAAGCUGAUAGCUGGUGCCCUUUCUGUCGCACUUGGUUUCAUCGCCCUGGCGUCAGCUCUAGCUUUCUGAAGAGCUCUUCUGGACUUCUGCAGAUUAGAGUUAUGUCGUAGAGAAAUUUAGGUGUUCUAUCAUGUUUUUCUUGGCAUCUGUAACAGAAAAAGAAUGUAGCGGUUGAAGGAGUAACAUGUCCAUCAGGAUGUCCGUCUGAAUAAGUUCUUUUCCACUGCAUUUUGGCAACUGAA